AUGGACCCAUCGUCCCUGGAUGCCAGGCGGGCACUCUUGCGAGCGGACAUGGCGCCAGGGGGGUUGAGACGACCCUGGAGAAGCAUCGGAGUCCGACAUAGUUGGAUCGGACGAAUGCUGCAGAAUCACCUGGACCAGGUGUUUGAACGGUUGCAGCGACAUGGACUGAAGCUCAAGCCAACAAAGUGCAAGCUUUUUCAACGAGAAGUAACGUUCCUGGGACAUGUGGUGGACUGGGAUGGGGUUAGGCCUGAUCCAGCGGAGGAAGAGAAUCCUGCAUCUGUAGAAUCCGUGAUCGGUAAAAGUCUCCGGAUCCUUCUCGGAUCAUUUCUCAGUCCGCAGCUGGAUCCCGGACACCGACCCGACCCCGAACCUACUGGAGAUAUGAGUGGCUUCGCAGUUCUGAGGACGGGAAAGAAGAUGCCCCUCAUUGGACUGGGCACAUGGAAGAGCCAGCCUGGACAGGUCAAGCAGGCUGUGCAGUGGGCACUGAAGGCUGGAUAUCGUCACAUCGACUGCGCCUCGAUCUACGGCAAUGAGGAGGAGAUCGGAGCUGCUCUGCGGGAGGAGCUGGGGCCCAACAAGACGCUGAGAAGAGAAGACCUUUUCAUCACAUCCAAACUGUGGAACACUAAGCACCACCCUGAAGACGUGGAACCUGCUCUCCAGCAGAGUCUGGGGAACCUGGGUCUGGACUAUCUGGACCUGUACCUGAUCCACUGGCCCUAUGCUUUCAGGCGAGGAGAUGUGACGUUUCCGCGGUCGGAGGACGGCGCACUGCUCUACGAUGACACACACUACAGGGAGACCUGGGCAGCGAUGGAGAGCCUGGUGCACAAAGGCCUCGUGAGGGACAUCGGCCUCUCCAACUUCAACUCACACCAGAUCUCCGACAUCUGCGCCAUGGCAACGGUCCAGCCCUCUGUGCUGCAGGUGGAGGCCCACCCGUACCUGUCCCAGGACCACCUUCUGUCUCAGUGUGUGCAGCGAGGCCUGGUGAUGACGGCAUACAGCCCUCUAGGCUCCGCAGACAGAGCCUGGAAAGCUCCUGAUGAACCGGUCCUGCUGCAGGAGCCCAGCAUCAGGGACCUGAGCCUCAAGUACAACAAGUCCCCUGCUCAGGUCCUGCUGCGUUGGCAAACGCAGAGGGGUGUGGUUGCAAUCCCGAAGAGCGUCACGGAGUCUCGAAUCCAAGAAAACAUCCAGGUGUUUGACUUCUGCCUGCAGCCGGAGGAGAUGGCACAAAUCACUGCCCUGAACAGAGGGUGGCGCUACAUCGUCCCAAUGGUGGAGGUGGAGGGGAAGCGUGUUCCCCGUGAUGCUGGACAUCCACUCUACCCUUUCAAUGAGGACUGA